AAAUAUUAACACCUAAAAAGGAAUCAUUAAACAUGGUAAGAUCAGUUCUGAAAAUUACUUCUCAAUCAAAAACGUAUAAUCCUAAACCAACUAGUUACAAAUUUUUACUCGGCUUCCCUGCAGAACAUAACAAGGAAGCAAGGUCUGAGAGGAAGAGAUUCUCCACUCCACAUCCUCGGAAGAAGGAGUCAGAUAAGGGGUUCAUGGGAAAGCUGUUCUAUAAAGAAUCCCGGGAGGCUAAGGCAUCCAAUUCGUUUGCAACAAAUACAAGUCCUCUUAGGCACUUGGGAACGAUGAAAGUUCAAGAGAGAAUGAAGAGUAGGAAAGAAUCUGCUUGGGCUAAGUAUUUUGACCAUGGUCGAGGAAGGGUCACUUCUGUUGAAGGAGCUGAUGAGCAUACUGUGGAUCUCUCCAAGCUGUUUCUUGGGCUCAGAUUUGCUCAUGGAGCACAUAGCCGGCUUUACCAUGGGAUAUAUAAAGAUGAGCCUGUUGCAGUUAAAAUUAUCACCAUACCUGAUGAUGAGGAAAAUGGAAACUUUGCAGCUCGAUUAGAGAAACAAUUCAACCGAGAAGUUACUCUUUUAUCUAGACUACGCCAUCAAAAUGUCAUAAAGGCACACCUCCAGUUAAAACUUUGUACUAGUAAUAAUUUGUAAACAACCUAAAUAACUCAGUAAUAAUAUCUUUUCACUAGAAAUAAGAAGUUUUAAAUUCGAGUCACAUGACAUAUAGAUGUGGUGAAAUAAAAGAUAAGAAAGGGUUACCUUCCGUAAAGAACAAAGCUAGACAUUUGGGUGAGGGGAGUGAAAAUUUCCCCUUCCCCCUUCAUUUGAAUAAAUAAUUAAAUUUAAA